AUGACCGCCCCCGAGGCCCCCAUGGCUCAGUCCUCCGCUGUUCCGGCUUCGGCCGCCAAGGACCAGAUCGCGACCCGUCGCCGCAGAAAGUCGAGCGUGCGCGGUCACGGCUACGCCCACGAUGCCUCCUCGCGCCACUCUUCCAAGCAGGACCAGCUCGAUAGGCUCUCCAAGCGCAGCCGCGCCCGAGCCAUCCUCCGCCGCUGCAAGCACAUCGCCGUCAAACACACUUGGACCACCCCGCUCGUCCUCACACUCGCCUUCCUCUCCCUCUACGCCAUCAACCCGACCGAGUCCAACGUCAUUCACCACUUCAUCUUCCUCUCCUACAAGAUCCCCGCCGCCGCCGGAGCUGGCCCUGAUGCCGACGCGCCCCCGCAGUACGGCAAGGGUCUCUGGGACAUUGCCUUCGUCAGCUUCUACGCCAUCGUGCUGUCCUUCACCCGCGAGUUCAUCAUGCAGGAGCUCCUCCGCCCCCUGGCCAAGUUCUACGGCAUCCGCUCCCGCGGCAAGCAACUUCGCUUCAUGGAGCAGGCCUACACAGCCAUCUACUUUGGCAUCCUCGGCCCCCUUGGCAUGUACGUCAUGAGCCGCACCCCCGUCUGGUACUUCAACACCACCGGCAUGUACGAGGCCUUCCCCCACAAGACCCACGAGGCCAUCGUCAAGUUCUACUACCUAUUCGAGGCCGCCUACUGGGCCCAGCAGGCCAUUGUUAUGCUUCUUGGCCUCGAGAAGCCGCGCAAGGACUACUAUGAGCUCGUCGCGCACCACAUUGUCACUCUCGCCCUCAUCGCUCUGAGCUACCGCUUUCACUUCACCUACAUGGGCAUUGCCGUCUACCUGACCCACGACAUCAGCGACUUUUUCAUGGCCAUGUCCAAGACAUUCAAUUACAUCGACAGCCCCAUCACCGGGCCGUGGUACUGCCUUUCCCUGGCGUCCUGGAUCUACCUCCGUCACGUCAUCAACCUCAAGAUCCUCUGGUCCAUUCUCACCGAGUUCUCCACCGUCGGCCCUUACGAGCUCAACUGGGAGACGCAGCAAUACAAGUGCCGGCUCGCCAAGGUCAUCACCUUCACCCUGCUUGGUUCCCUGCAGUCUCUCAACCUUUUCUGGCUCUUCUUUCUCCUCCGCAUCGGGUACCGCUUCGUCUUCCACGACGUCAAGCAGGACGACCGCUCCGAGGCCGAGGAUUCCGAGGCCGAGCCCAUGGAUACCAUCGACGAGGUUUCCAAGGUGAACGCGGCUCCCAUUGUGGGCGGCGAGGCUGCCAAGGCCGUGCAGACGGUUGCCAAAGGCAUCGGCAAGGAGGCGGGUGGCAGCAUCGCAUCAAGGACCCGCAGCCGACGCGCCGUUUAA